ACAAGGAUACAAAAAAAAUAAUGGAUCGAAAUUCUAGAUCAAAUAGGACUAUUUGGCAACGUUUUAAAAAAUUGUUCGUUAAAAGGAACAACAUUUCCAGGUCGCCAAGGAGUAAUCUGCAAUUAAGUAGAUUCGACACGUUGAAGACCGACGUUGAAAAUCCGGAAGUAUCGGACCCGGACGUAUCUUUGGUGAACAGUUUUAAUCCCGCAACAGAUAGUUUUCACGCCUCGAUCAGGCCAAUCAUCCUAUUGGCCAAUUGUUUUUCGAUGCUUCCAGUUUCCGGUGUCAACAGUCCGGAUGCGUCCUACCUAAAGCAAGUAGAUACUAUUAACUUCGAACACACGUUGUCAAUAUUAAAGGGUUUUUCAUACGCAACCAAUUGCGCAAAAUAUCGCGGCGAUUCCGAUAUAGUUGCUGAAUAUUUCGAAUCGCAAUUUCCUCAGGUAUUCUCGAGAAAGACAUACAGUUUAUGGAAAGCCAUAUUGGUGGACACGGUUAACAUAUUAAGUACGUUCUCAUGGAAUUUCGUCGAUCUUUUUUUAAUUCUCGUAAGCAUGGCACUGGCGGAUCAAUUUCAACAAUUGAACAGUCGUCUUAAUUCCGUCAAAGGAAAGACUAUGCCGGAUUGGUGGUGGGCCGAGGCUAGGAACGAUUACAAUCAUUUGGCUGGUUUAACUAGAAGAGUUGAUUCUCAUAUAUCAACUAUAGUAUUUCUAUCAUUCGCCACCGAUUUGUAUUUCAUUUGCAUCCAACUGCUGUUCUCAUUCAAUUUACAACGAAGUCACAUACAGAAGAUUUACUUUUGUUUCUCGUUUGGAUUUCUGCUAACAAGAACUACGGCAGUUUCGUUGUAUGCGGCAUCCGUUCAUGAUGAAUCACGAUUACCAGCACCUAUACUUUACAGUGUUUCCAGUGCCAGUUAUUCAACAGAGCCAAAUUGUGGCCAUGCUUAG